ACACGCAUACAGGAUCAAUCCAAGAUCCAAGUAAACUCUACACGGCGAAGCAACACUUUACCACGACAGGAGUUUUUCCUCAGGCCCUAACAACAAAAUGCUUUACUUGGAGGUGAAAAUAAGGUGUUCCAGUUAAGGGACAAACAAUAACCAGGAUGAUGAUGCUGGGCUCGGUGUGGCUGCUGCUGGCCUUCUAUCUGGUGUUUACUCCUGAAUGUGUCCGAGGCUGUUUAACCCAGGAGUUUACCUGCACUCAGGGGUUAUGUGUGCCUGAGGAUUGUGUGUGUGACUUCACUGACAACUGUGGAGAUGGCAGCGACGAGGAAAACUGUUCCAAAUAUAAGAGGUGUGACUUUGAGGAGGGAUUCUGUGACCUGAUCCAAAGCUCAGAGACAUUAUCUGAAUGGACCAGAACAACGGAAGUCCCGGGACUCAGACAUGACCACAGGAACAUCACUUCAGCGUACUUCCUGUCUCUGUUACCUGCUGGAGGAAACAGAACCACAGCAGACCUGAACAGUCCUGUUUUCCUAACCAGUCAGACUUGCCAAGUGAGUUUCUACUAUUACGUUGGGGCAAAACAUGCAGAUCUUCUGGUCCUGGCUCAGACUUAUCCACUGGGUCAGAGGAGUUUGCUGUGGAAGCACUCCACACAACUACAGAUGGAAACGUGGCUGCAGACAGUGAUUCGGGUUUCCAGUAAUCACAGUUUUCAGGUGAUCGUUCGAGGGGAACUUUCAGCUGACAGUGAAGCCUCUGAGGUCCUGGCCAUCGACGACCUAUCCUUUAGUCCCAGCUGCAUGUCUGUGCCUGAAAGCAGUGUACCCCCUCCUCCUCCUUGCCCUCCCUCGUGGUUUGCCUGUGGUGGUGGGAAGUGUAUCAAGGAAAGCAAAGUGUGUGACUUCACCAGAGAUUGUCCCCACGGAGAGGAUGAAGCCAGCUGCCCCUCUGAGUGUGACUUUGAGAGCGGUUCUUGUGGCUGGUACGAGCUCACCCUUGGCGAUGGCUUUGACUGGGUCAGGGGCUCAUCUGUGGAGGUACCUCCAGACUGCCACGACCUCCCACCACCUUUGGACCACUCUACAAACAGCACUGAAGGCCACUUCAUGUUUAUAUUGAAAAACAGCAGCAGUUUAUAUCCAAGAGCUGUUCUCCGAGGACCGUGGUUCCAACAAUCGGCCUCAGAGUGUACCAUGACCUUCUGGCAUUAUAACUCAGGGAUAUCUGUUGGGGCUGCUGACAUGUACCUUCGAUUCAAUGGAACGCACAACAACACUGUGAUAUGGAGAACCGUGUACGACCAGGGAACUCUUUGGAACCAGGUCACAGUGCAGCUGGGACGCAUCACCCAGCCCUUCCAGAUCGCUCUGGCCAAGAUCAGCCUUGGUGUGUUCGAUGGGGUCUCCGCCUUGGAUGAUAUCACCUUCAGAAACUGUUCCAUGCCCCUAGCGGUGGUAGAGUGUCCCCCACAUACACAUUUCCACUGCGUGCGUACCAAAGCGUGUGUGGAGCACCUGCAGCUGUGUGAUCUUGUGGAUGACUGUGGAGAUGGAGCAGAUGAGGAGGGAUGUUCUCCAGAGCUGCAGUGUAACUUUGAGCAUGGGCUGUGCAGCUGGAAACAGGAGCAGAGUGGGGGGGACGUGUUUGACUGGACCUGCAUCCAAGGCCCCACUCCGUCCUUCAAUACGGGGCCCUGGAAGGACCACACACUGGGCACUAGCUAUGGCCACUACCUCUACAUCGAAUCGUCUGUCCCCCAGAAGUUCAAGGACACUGCGGUGUUACUGAGCCGAGUCUUCCAACCCACCCACCAGCGUGGCAAGGACCCCUCCAAGUCCCGCCACCACUGUGUUUUCCGCUUUCAUUACCACAUGUUCGGAUCACAUGUGUUCUGCCUGGGAGUGUACCUGAGGACCACCUCUACAGGCCGUGGUCAUAUGCUGUGGGUACGAUAUGGAGACCAAGGAAACUUAUGGCACAGGAAGACUCUCUACCUUAACAGCGCUCGGCCUUUCCAGAUUUUGAUUGAAGGUACAGUUGGAGAUGAUUUCAAUGGAGACAUUGCCAUUGAUGACCUUUCCUUCCUGGACUGCAUCCCGUAUGAAGGAGAGCUCCCCAUGCUGAAUUCCACAACCCCUGCAGUGACCACUCCAGCCCCCACAGUCCAGCCCCACAGCUGCCCUGAUGGAGAGUUUGUAUGUGGGGCACAUGGGGAGUGUGUUCCCCAGAGCAAGGAGUGUGACUUUAGUCCUGAUUGCUCUGAUGGCUCUGAUGAAAUAAACUGCAUAAAGGAAGUGUGUGAUUUUGAAGGCGGUGCCACAUGUGGUUGGAGGAGUGCCGACCCCUCUUUAGUCCCAAACCAUGCAUUUCGCUGGUCACCUGAUCAAGGGGAAAGCAUUCAUGAUGGAGAGCAGUACCAUCGUCCUGUUAAUGACCAUACCCUAGGCAGCCGAGAGGGUUGGUAUAUGUGUGCAGACAGUUCAAAUGGCGGCUAUGGUCAAACCACUGACCUCCUGACACCUGUCAUCUCCUCCACUGGGCCAAUGUGCACCCUCGUCUUCUGGUACUACAUGAGUGGAUUCACUGUAGGAUCACUGCAGGUGCUGCUUAAAUACAGAAAUGUCACUCAUGAGGUUUGGUCUCAGACUGGUAACCAAGGCAACAAGUGGAAACGGGGAGAAGUGUUUUUGGGGUUAUCACACGACUUCCAGGUCGUGUUCAGGGCUGAGCGAGGGAUCAGCUACAUGGGCGAUGUGGUGAUAGAUGAUGUCAGCUUCAUGUACUGCUCCCCUCCGCUGCCUUCAGUUCAGCCAUGUACACCUGAGCAGUACGCUUGUGCCAAUGGCAACUGCAUCCCUCAGGACAACCUGUGUGACUUCAUCAACCACUGCGGCGACAACUCUGAUGAGGAUCCCUACAUCUGCAAGGGCUUUAGUGGACGCUGCAGUUUUGAGUUUGACCUCUGUACCUGGCGACAGUGCCGACAGGAUGACUUUGAUUGGCUGAUCAAAGCAGGCAGCACUCCCACAUUUGGCACCGGGCCGUCAAGUGACCACACCCUAAGAGACCCCUCAGGGCACUACCUCUACCUUGAGAGCUCUUUCCCGCACUCGGUUGGAGACAUUGCCUGUAUAUCAGGACCCCUGCUAAGCCGCAGGAGCUCACAGUGCAAGAUGCGUUUCUACUUUCACAUGUCAGGAGACGGCAUCGGGACCCUCAGCGUGUUCAGGAAAAGUGAAGGAAAUCUUCAUCUCCUGCUGAACCUGACAGGAGACCAGGGUAACUACUGGCAGAUGAGGGAGAUCCCACUGACCUACGCAAGAGACUUCCAGAUCAUGUUUGAGGGCAAAGUGGGCCGAAGUUCAAAGGGUGACAUCUGCCUGGAUGACAUCACUUUCUCUCCAGGGUGUCUGCUUGCCUCCUCAGCUGGAUUAGAGGACAACACUCUUCCACCUCCUGCAGGCUCCUGUCCUUUAGGAUUCCUGCCGUGUGAAAAUGGCCGGUGUUUCACCCCGGGGCAGAGAUGUGACUUCAAAGACGACUGUGGAGAUGGCACCGAUGAAAAGGAUUGUGGUACUUCCUGCUCCUUUGAAAACAGUCGCUGUGGCUGGAAGAGCUCCCUGGCUGAUAAUUUUGAUUGGACGCUGGGGACUGGAUCUGUCCAAGGCAUAGGGCCUCCGUAUGAUCACACUUUGAUGGAUGAAAAAGGUCAUUUUGUCUAUCUGGAAGCUACACCAGUGGGAGUCAGCGGUGAUAAAGCUCAUAUUAGAAGCUCUGUUUGGAAAGAGUCCAGUGCCAUCUGUAAGCUCAUUUUCUGGUACUACAUUUCCCACAAGGCAUCAGGAACUAUACGGCUGUUGAUCAAGACAGAAAACAAUUUGUUGGAAGUGUGGAAUAAAACAGGGCAUCAGGGGAAUAAGUGGAACCGAGCAGAGGUCCCCCUGAGGAAGCUGAGGAACUUUGAGGUGAUAUUUGAGGGGAUUCGCUCGAGGGAUGUGAGCGGAGGAGCUGCUCUGGAUGACCUGGAUUUCAUAAACUGUUCCCCAAAUGCUGUGGAGCCAGUCAGCUGUCCUGCAGUCACAGACUUUGUAUGUCAUGAUGGCAACUGCAUUGAGUCCCACCUGGUGUGCGACAACAAGGCAGACUGUGUUGAUGAAUCAGAUGAGAUAGACUGUGACCAUAUAGUUGGCUUGCCAGGUGCUUGUAAUUUCAACAUGGAUGAAAACCAGUGGGAAGAGACCUGUCAGCUUUCUCAGGACCCUGAUGAUGACUUUGAUUGGAGGAUAGGUCACCGGACUGAGACAUUAGGAACUGGACCGCACACUGACCACAGUCCGGGAGGUGGAGGGAACUUCCUGUAUAUACGCUCAGCCAUUCAGAGGGAGGGCGACCUUGCCAAGCUGACAACAAGGAGUCCAUUUCCAGCGAGCAUCGGCCUGUGUCACCUACGCUUCUGGUUCUUCAUGCACGGCUCUGACAGGAUGGGAACACUGAAGGUCUACUCUGUUGGACCCAGUGGCACCAGUCUGUUGAUGUGGGCGGCCACUGGGAACCAUGGCAACCAGUGGACAUAUGCUAAUGUCAUCAUGUCCAACCCAGCACCUUUCAGAGUGACCUUCCAGGCAGAGGUGGGUGGAGACAUAUGGACAGACAUCGCCCUGGAUGACAUCUCCUACACCGAAGAGUGUGUGGUCGGAGGACCAGUAACUCCUCAGCCUCUGACCUGUGGUGUGGACCAGUUCCAGUGUGUGUACUCGUUUCAAUGCAUCCCAAAGAGCUGGUGGUGUGAUAGAGAACCUGACUGUGCUGAUCAGUCUGAUGAAGAGCAUUGUCUGACCUCGGUACCCGGUACUCUUCCUCCUCAAGACCGCUGUCCUACCGGGUAUUAUCAGUGCUCAAACUAUCUCUGCCUCCCCUCCAUUCUGCGCUGUGACGGUGUCCCCGACUGUCCUGAUGGAGAGGAUGAGAACAGUUGCCCUCUGCUGCAGUGUGAGGUUGGAGAACUGGUGUGUGAAGGUUCCUCGGGUUGUAUCCCACUUCAGAAGCGUUGUGACCACUUGGUCGACUGUCUGCCUUUCUACUCUGAUGAGUCCAGCUGCCGUGAUUGCCCUCCAACAUAUUGCCUGGAUCAUGGCUCAUGCUUUGUGGAGAAACACGGGCCUAUUUGCAAGUGUUAUCCAGGAUGGACAGGAAACCGUUGCCACGUGAGGGAGAAGCCGUCUCUCUCCACCUCAACACCAAAACCAGAGGACACACAGCUGGAUGCUGUGUAUGUUGGCAUCGCCAUUGGACUGCUGCUGCUCGUAGCUGGAGUCGCUGUCUGCAUUCUGGCUUUAUACAAGAAAAAAUGCUACUUAAUAAAGCCUGACCCGAUUGUCUGUGGGGUGAUUGAUAACCCAGCCUUUGACUGGAGAGCAGAGCUCGCAUCCCUGGAUGAAGGGCCAGGCGGCUGUCCCAGAGUUAAAGCCCGGAGGGGUCAUGGGCUUGUCAUCAGUGUCUAUCCCUGGAGGAGAGAGGUGGAGCAGAGUUCUACCUGGAAAGACGCCAACCUGUCCUUCGCCAACCCAUUGUACAAUUACCCCCCUGAUACUAAUGGAGCUGAGCACAAAAGCUCCGAAGCAUAAAAAUGAUGGACUGUACAUAUUGACACAUCAAUAGAUCUGAGUCAGACUGUGUGUGCAGCUACUUAAUGAGUCUUUUCUUGACUUACUGAGGUGCCGAGUGAGGGGAAACAAUCCAAAGAAUGGAAGAAAGUUCAGAUAUUUUGAAAUUAAGUUAGUUCUGAUACAUUGCUGUGAUUUACAGCUAAAUUAUUUUAAUUGAAUGUGAUACUCCCCACUGAUAUGGUACUACAUUUUAAAAUAAAAGCUAAAAGUUGUUUGUCAGAGCUGAAGGUCCAUGAUUUUUGAAUUCAGGACUUGUGACAAAUUGUGUCAAUCAAUAAAUUGAGAUUUAAAGAGGUGAACAGCUACAUAGAUAUAUCUGCAGGAGCUCUGCUCUAUGCGACACUACUCAGCACAAGUAUUUUAUAUGGUAAAACCUUUAAAGCAGUAAUUCAACAUUUUGGGAAAUCAACUUCUUCUAGUUCUUGCCAAGAGUUAGAUUAUAGGAUUGAUCCCACUGUGAUGUCUGUAUGGUAAGUAUGUAGUACAGCCAGAAGCCCGUAGCUUAGCAUCAAGAUUGGAAAAAGGGGGAAACUUCUAGCCUUGCUCUAGUUAACGUAACAAAAUCCACCUACGGACACCUCUAAAACUUACCGAUUAACAUGUUGCAUCUUGUUUGUUAUAUCCAUAAAAAAAGGUAGCCAAAAAAUUAAAAUCUCAAUGUCUAACAGUAGACAACAUGUCUAAAUCGGCAUGAGAACACACCCAAGAAAUAAAAUUUUGGCCAUUUAGUACUUAAUACAGCCAGAAUAGCAGCUUAAUAACAGGGCCACAAUAUUCUCACUUGCAGAGAUGUGAUUAAAGGUUGUUCUUUUAGAGCUAGCAAAAACAAAAAAACAUCCAGUUCAUAGAACUGAAAGGCUCCACUGAACACACAGAGCUUUCAAACGGUGCCCUGACUUCUUUAGGGAUGUGUUUUAGUGCAAAUAAGAUAAUUUGCCCGUUUUAUUUGCCAAUUAAAAUCCAUUACUAUUCAGAAUCCUGCAGCUAUUUUGUGUGGUGUGAGCUGACUCUCUCGCUCUCUGUAUCAACCAGCGCAGAGCAGAUGGAUCAUAAACAGCACAGUUAAACCAGUCUGUUAUAAAUUUCAUUAGUGUUGAGUCAUGGCUCUCCUCAGCUGUGUCUCAUCAGACAUGCCAUCAUAAUGGGCCUUCUCAUAUUUGACACACUAAAUGAUGAUUUACAAGAUCAGGCCAUGUAGUGUAGAGUGAGUAGGCUAAGAGCAUCAUAUCAUGUAGGCAGUUUCCUAUUAGUCUAUUACUUGCUGAAAAAAAAUUCCUCGUUACGAUUCAUCUUCAGUUAAACCAGUAGUUUGACAUUUUGGGUUAAGAAAAGAAAAGUUAUAUAAGAUCAAUACCUUUCUCAUAACCGCUGAUGAAUAUGAAGGUGGAGCCAGCAGCUGGUUAGAUUAGUUUAGCAUUAAGACUGGAAUUGGGGUAACAGCUAGCCAGGUAUUGGCCAAAGUUAAAAAAAAAUCUGACAGCCAGCACCUCUUCUAGCUAUAUAUUUACCAUCCAUACAAAAAAAUCUAAUCAAAUUAGACGGUACAGUUAUAACCAUUGUUGCAUAAUAUUUGUGCUGCACUGAAUGUGAGUUCAGCAAUAAAUGACCAGUUUUUGCUUGCAAUUAAAUUUUUCAGACAUUUUGCAAAUUGAUACUAUAUGUGUCACUGUCACCCUGCCCUAUUUUAAUCUAAC